UCAACAGAUGACUGUCAAAUGUUGAUGCUUGCUACGAGGCGAGACUGAGGUCUGCCCUGACAGUCCUGCCCAAAACUUCUCAACAACGGGAAAGUAAAAUAUAGAUAUCAGUGUCGCAAGCGGUUGUCAUUCAACCCUGCAUGGAAUAAACAGAAAAAGAUUGAUAGAAGCGGCAAGGUAGCUAGCUAGCUGGCAUUUCACUGACAGUGCUUGGGGGCUAUGCACAACGUUAGCCUACAGUACUAGCUUGCUAACGUUGUUAAAUGGCAUGCUAGUAGGCAAUAGCACUGGGCAUAUUCUUCUUUAGCGUGUGGUUUAGCUAACGGCAGUAUCUUUCUUGUCCCAAUGUGGGAACGAAAGAGACAGCUGGGACAUUGGCAGAAAGCUUGGCUAGCUACAGUAGCUAACCAAGAACUGGUAUUGUGCCGCAGAUCCAGUUUCACCGGUGGCAGUUCUCAUCGCGGAGGACGCAAUGACACAAGACGAGGAGUCGCGGCGUGACUGACACUCUUCAGGAACCCGACCAUCGAAGUAGCUAGCUACUACUGUUGACAAUCUGGGAACAUGGACAAUUUUUCCAAAUGCAUCCAGAGAAAUAUCUCUCCCAGUGGAUCAGAAUGUAAUGCAAGAAGGACGGAUAAUGUAGAAAAGCUUUCCAGGCAGACCAGGGCAUGUAAUGAACGGGAACCGCACACAUCAUGCAAACAUAACAUGCAACGCAUUGAACCAGAAGGAAGCAUGACAGCGAAUUAACGUAUAUUUUAUCUUUGUAUUUAUUUUGCUGAACAACAUUUGGUUUUGUCUGGCUAUCACCACUGGUUGCCAGAUUUCAUGUACUAGUUCUAUCAACCGAUGUCUGAGAUCAGGCAGAAUUUAGAUUUCAUGAUGACGGUGGAGGGUUCCACAAUAAAGAGUCGGAUCAAAAAUCUUCUCCGCUCGCCAUCUAUCAAAUUGAGGAGGAAUAAAGAGCGGAACCAUAAAGAGAAUCUCAGUAACAAGGUGACAUUAGAGAAGGUGCUGGGGAUCACAGCAUUUGGGAACCGUGCUUUGGCCUGCGACCCUCGCUCCGGACUAGUGGCCUACCCAGCUGGAUGUGUGGUGGUGCUGCUGAACCCCAAGAAGAACAAACAGCAUCACAUCCUCAACAGCUCCAGGAAAACCAUCACCACUCUGUCAUUUUCCCCUGAUGGCAAGUAUGUGGUCACAGGAGAGAGUGGGCACAUGCCUGCCGUGCGGGUGUGGGACGUUGCAGAGCGGACCCAGGUGGCCGAGCUACAGGAACAUAAGUACGGCAUCUCCUGCGUGGCCUUCAGUCCUAACAGCAAGUACAUCGUCAGCGUGGGAUACCAGCACGACAUGAUCGUCAAUGUCUGGGCCUGGAAGAAAAACAUUGUGGUGGCAGCCAACAAAGUCUCCAGUAAAGUGACGGCCGUGUCCUUCUCAGACGACAGCUCCUACUUUGUCACAGCAGGGAACAGGCAUGUCAAGUUCUGGUACCUGGAUCACACCAAAUCCUCCAAGGUGAACGCCACAGUUCCUCUGCUGGGUCGCUCAGGGCUCCUGGGGGAGUUGAGGAACAACUUCUUCUCUGACGUGGCAUGUGGGAAGGGUCGUAAAGCCGGCAGCACCUUCUGCAUCACUUCCUCGGGCCUGCUCUGCGAGUUCAAUGACAAACGCCUGCUGGACAAAUGGGUGGAGCUAAGGAAAAAUGACAUCAUCACAACAACUCAGGCCACGUCUCUGUCUGUGACGGAGGAGCUGAUCUUCUGUGGCUGUGCAGACGGCACCGUGAGGGUCUUCAGCCCUGUCAACCUGCACUUCAUCUGUACCCUGCCACGGCCACACUGCCUGGGCACAGACAUCGCCACCGUGGUGGAGGCUAGCCACCUCUUCAGCCACAAGAUGGACGCCCGGUACCCUGACACGGUGGCUGUCUCAUAUGACCCUGCGAGCCGCUGGCUGUCCUGUGUCUACAACGACCACAGCCUGUACGUGUGGGACGUACGAGACCUCCGCAAAGUGGGCAAGGUCUAUUCCGCCCUCUACCACUCGGCUUCCGUGUGGAGCGUCGAGGUGUACCCGGACAGGGUAAGUGAUGGUGAGCAGCCCUGUCUGCCUCCAGGCUCCUUCCUCAGCUGCUCCUCAGACAACACCAUCCGGCUCUGGAACACUGACGGUCACAGCACCACCCUCAGCCGCAACGUCAUCAGCAACGACCUCCAGAAGAUCAUCUACAUGGACAACAACACGGCCGGCCUGCUGGACACAGAGUGCCUCAACUCGGGGAACGGAGAGAAGGCCGACCCCCAGACCUCAGAGACCAGGACGGGCUUCAGGACCAUGUGUGUGAGCCCCGACGGGCAGCACCUGGCGUCGGGCGACCGCACCGGCACCUUGAGGAUCCAUGAGCUGGUGAGCAUGGAGGAGAUUCUGAACGUUCAGGCACACGACUCUGAGAUCCUUUGUCUGGAAUACUCCAAGCCUGAGACGGGUCUGAAGCUACUAGCCACAGCUAGUCGAGACCGUCUGAUCCAUGUGCUGGACGCAGAGCAGGAGUACAGCCUGCUGCAGACGCUGGACGAACACUCCUCCUCCAUCACCGCCGUCCGAUUCGCUGCCAAUGACGGCAAGGUGAGGAUGAUCAGCUGUGGCGCUGACAAGAGCAUCUACUUCCGCACAGCGCAGAAGUCAGAUGAAGGAACAGUGUUUACCCGCACCCACCACAUCGUACGCAAGACGACGCUGUAUGACAUGGAUAUCGACCCCACCAGGAAGUACGCCGCAAUUGGUUGUCAAGACCGCAGCGUUAGAAUCUUCAACAUCAGUAACGGCAAACAGAAGAAACUGUACAAGGGCUCCCAAGGAGAGGAUGGCACUGUUAUCAAGGUUCAGACCGACCCCUCAGGGCUGUAUGUGGCCACCAGCUGCUCAGACAAGAACAUCAGCAUCUUUGACUACUACUCUGGAGAGUGUGUGGCCACCAUGUUUGGACACUCUGAGGUUGUGACUGGAAUGAAGUUCACCAAUGACUGCAAGCACAUGAUAACUGUGUCUGGUGACAGCUGUAUCUUUGUGUGGCGUCUGGCCCCGGAGCUGACCAUCAGUAUGAGACAGCGUCUCUCGGACCUCAAGCAGAAUGGCAAGCCAGUUCAGAAGACCCCACCUCACAAACCUUGCAAUCUCAGCACCAGGAGAGAGUUGCACAGAACUCCUCCCAUAGUCACCAUGUCCUCUGACAGCGACAAAGAGGUGGAGGGGAUAGAGGAGGAGGAAGAGGAUGAGGAAGAGAUGAUCUCUCCUUACAUGGUGUCAGGCUGCAGUGCAGAGGAAGAGACAGACACCUCAGACGAAAAGCACAACUCUCUUAACUCUCACGGCAGAGAACUGAAAAGGGAGAGCUCUUUUGGCAGGCGUUCCUCCCAGGGCAAUCAUCACUGUGAGGAAAGGGGUCCCCGUCCGCGGCGCCGCUGGGCCAGAGGCAUGGUCAGCAUGGAGCUGAUGGUCAAGUCCAUGUUGGACCUCAGACAGCUGGAUUCCUUCGCCAUGCCCCCCUCCUCCCCCAACAAGACCAAGACCCAGCCUGAUGCUUUCAGAGACCCAUUCAGGGAGGAUGAACUGGGCAGCACCAUCAGCCUGCAACCCCUUACUGCAUGGGGGGAUGACUCUGAGCAGAGGUCCCAGCAGCGACCCCACAACAUCAUGUUCUCUCCACAGACCCAAGAGACAGGCUCAGUGAUCUACCCCGAGGGCUGUGAGGACAGGGCCAGCUUAGCUGGCAGUGAGUACCUAGUGAAAGAGCUACUGCCCGGGUCUGAGACCAGCAGGAGUGUGAAGGGGUACCAGAACCACAACCAGUGGAGCCAGGGCCACCGUGACAAACACAGCCCAGACAGCGCCUGCUCUGUGGACUACUCCAGCAGCAGAUGGUCCAGCCCAGACAGCCAGCAGCAGCCUCCUGGAGAGGACUCUGAGCCCACAGAGCCUCUCAGUGUGGAUGGGAACUCCUCUGAAUUGGACAUGGAGGAACUGGAGGAGGAAGAGGAGGGGGGCGUAGGGAGGGGAGAGGCCAAGGGGACAACAGUAGUACCUAAGACCCCUGACCAGGAGGCCUUCCUCAAACAGCACUUUGGCAACCUGGCUGAGCUUAAAAACCCAGUGAGCCCGACCAGAGUUGUCACCCCUGACAGUGUCAGCAUCUCCUCCAAGUUCCUGUCCCAAUGUUCUACUGGAAGCAGAACUGCCUUUCCAUUCCCAUCGAAGAGCGGUGUUGAGGGGAAGGUAGCCAGCGGUGUGGUGAGGCCCCUGGUCUCUGAGGUGAGGCCCCUCAUGGAGCACAACCAGAGCCACAGCCAGAGCCACAGCCAGGGCCAGAGCCACAGCCAGGGCCAGAGCCACAGCCAGGGCCAGAGCCACGGCCAGGGCCAGAGCCAAGGCCACGGCCAGGACCAGAGCCAACGCCACGGCCAGGACCAGAGCCAAGGCCACGGCCAGGACCAGAGCCAAUGCCACAGCCAGGACCAGAGCCAAGGCCACAGCCAGGACCAGAGCCAAGGCCACAGCCAGGACCAGAGCCAAGGCCACAGCCAGGACCAGAGCCAAGGCCACAGCCACGACCAGAGCCAAGGCCACAGCCAGCACCAGAGCCAAGGCCACAGCCAGGACCAGAGCCAAGGCCACAGCCAGGACCAGAGCCAACGCCACAGCCAGGGCCACAACCAGGACCAGAGCCACAACCAGGGCCAGAGCCACAGCCAAGGCCAAAACCAGGACCAGAGCCACAACCAGAGCCAGAGCCACAGCCAGGACCAGAGCCAACUGCACAGCCAGGGCCAGAGCCACAGCCAGGGCCAGAGCCACAGCCAGGACCAGAGCCAACUCCACAGCCAGGGCCAGAGCCACAACCAGGACCAGAGCCACAGCCAGGACCAGAGCCACAACCAGGACCAGAGCCACAGCCAGGGCCAGAGCCACAGCCAGGACCAGAGCCAAGGCCAGGGCCAGAGCCAAGGCCAGGGCCAGAGCCACAGCCAGGGCCAGAGCCACAGCCAGGACCAGAGCCACAGCCAGGACCAGAGCCACAGCCAGGGCCAGAGCCACAACCAGGGCCAGAGCCAACUGCACAGCCAGGGCCAGAGCCACAGCCAGGGCCAGAGCCACAGCCAGGACCAGAGCCAACUCCACAGCCAGGACCAGAGCCACAACCAGGACCAGAGCCACAGCCAGGGCCAGAGCCACAACCAGGACCAGAGCCACAGCCAGGGCCAGGGCCAAGGCCACAACCCGGGCCAGAGCCACAACCAGAGAAAGGGCUCAGAAGAAUCUCAGAAGGGCACUACCGGGAGACUAGAAGUAGUGGACACUACCACUAUGGAGAAGGGUCUGAAUCUCCGGGCCUCUCCUCUGAGGAAGAAGCUUUUUAACCCUGCAGUGGACUCCCGUAGGAUAGUCAGCCCUGUGGCCAAGGCUGCAGCAUCACACCUCACAUCUACAGGCAUGAGGAAGUCCCAGUCAGUCCAGAACCUGCACACUGAGGAAAUGCCUCUGAGCCUGUCUCGGCCCUCCAAGGAGGUAGCCCCUCAGCCCCAUCACUCCCAGCCUCAUCAAUCCCAGGCCAACGAGCGUCCAGUGACCCUCCCCACAACCCCCCGCCGCACCCUUCCCACUGUGCCCCCCCUCUGCAGCCCCACCUCCCCACAACCCCGGGACAUCACCAGUACCAGUCAUGGCACUGCCCCCACGCCCAGGAGCGUCAAAUCCCGCUGCUCCUACAUGAGCCCCACCACCAGCUCCAUGGCCAAGAUGUCCCGCUCCAUGUCCAUGGGAGACAGCCUAAACGUGGCCGAGGAAGAGUCUGGGUCUACAGAGUCACGCAGGGGGUCCAGCUCUGACACGUCCAACGCUCCCACCAAGAGUCGGAGCUGCUCCUCCCAGAGCUCCCAGAGUCUUAGUACUAAACCGUCUAACCCCGUGGCCGUGGUCUCUUCCACCUUAUCCUCCUCCUCCCCUCUGGCGUUGGGUUUAGCCAUGCCCCAUGCUGCAGUUAUCCCCACCCUCAUCACUAGCUCUCCAAGCAACUCCAACCCAACCACCAAGAGUCUGCAGGCUAAGCUGAUGUGCAGCACCCGGCCCCAGCUCAACCUGGACAUCUCCAAGCCCCUCCCAGACAAGCCCUCCCUGGCGGUCUUCACUCCCAACAGUACCUCCAAGACCGCCGCCUCCUCCAAGACUGUCAAAGAGGACAACGACCUCUCUUCCAGAUCUCCAGUCAGCUUGUUACCUCACCAGGGCCAGACUCAUCCAGUACUCACCAACAAAGUCCAGCUAGUCACUGCACUGUCCCUCUCCCCAGCUCGGAGUCCUGAGGUGGAGCAGCGUUUUCUCACCACGGAGCUGCGUCCUGAGGCCCCCGUGGUAGACAACAGACUAGAACAGCCAAAGAUGGAGAAGAGCCAGGGCCUGACCCAGGAGAAGAGUCCCGCGAUGGAGGUGUCUCUACAGGGCAGUCCCGUAUACCUGCUGUCAUCUGGAGGUUCCGGCCAGGACCGCACAGACGGUUCUCUCAGUAUGGAGUCGUGCAGGGUGGUGGCCAGCGAGCUACAGAACACCUUUAGGAAGGCCUCCCAGCUCUACAGAAUGGUGAACAGUGUGCCUGUAGACUCCAGGCAGGAGCACCAUGAGAUGGCCCAGGUCCUGUCUGAGGCCUUUGAGGUGGUGAGGGCCGAGCUGAGCUCCCUGCCCCAGAGCUCACCCCCAUCCCCCUCUGGAGGGCCUGCAGCAGGAGGCUCCCUGUGUACAGUGGGCUGCCGGCCCGUAGGACCAGUAGAACCAGGGACGGGGAGAUUAGCCUCGGGGGAGGAGAGGACUCUGGCUCUGCUGGAGCAGUACUCUGAGCUCCUCCUUCAAGCUGUGGAGAAGAGGCUGGACAACAAGCAGCUCUCCUAAAUACUCCUCUUCUUUCACACCCUUCCUUGAAGACUGAACCAACCCCCUUGCAAAUGUAGGAUCUUAAGCCAUUGUGCAAGGAUAUCUGCAGACUACAGUACUUAUUUCAUUUUUUUCUCGACACGUUUUUAAAAUGAACAGAUUAAAAUAUUCCUGAAGGAUGCCUGUACAUAUUUUUUAGAAGUUCUUUUUUUUUUUUUUUUAAGCACUUAUCUCUCUUUCUCUCUGCUGCACCCUCUGGUUGGGUGGUCCCCUCUCUCCCUGUCAGAUCUCUGGAGGCCUAGGAUGGGUUUGGAGGGUUGGACUCAGCACAAUGGCCCACUGUAGUAGGCUAACAUGUAACACUCAUAACCAAUAGCACUGAUACUGUAAGGAGACUCCUCAGGAUGAUCAAUGCCUCAGCAUUCCUUCCCAGUGUGGCUGAGCUGCACUAGACUGUCAUUCAUCACCCUUCCUCCCUCUACUAUAUUGUGUGCUUCUACAGUACCUACCAGACACCUGCACUCUCACGACCACUGGUUUUAUUUACCCCUGUUGCCAAAUAUUGUGCCCUGCUACUUUGUUUUAAUGACGUUGUUAUGGAAAUGCCGGAAGCCCUAGAGUUGCUGCGUUGGAGCCAGUAGCGUAGUUUUGUGGGCCCCUCUUGCAUCCCCACAGAAAGAAAUAUGUGCAGAUUUAUAGCUUAUCUCAUGCUAUUUGACACAUAUUGCCAUGAGGCUGAGAGAAAAUGUUGAUGUUUUAGAGCUCAGGGAUUCUUGAAAGAUGGGACAAUCUCAACAUUUUUCCCACAAAUAUUUGUCUUAAUAUUAACAAAAGUUGAAAUCUAUAUUUUGAUAGACCAAAGUACCAGCAAUCACACCAUGUAAAGGAAAAAGCAACUUCCAAACUUCUUUUUGUUUUAUAGUACUCCCCGAGUGGCGCAGCGGUCUAAGGCACUGCAUCUCAGUGCUAGAGGCAUCACUACAGACCCUGGUUCGAUUCCAGGCUGUAUCUCAACUGGCAGUCCCAUAGUGCGGCGCACAAUUGGCCCAGCGUUGUCCGGGUUUGGCCAGGGUAGGCCGUCAUUGUAAAUAAGAAUUUGUUCUUAACUGACUUGCCUAGUUAAAUAAAGGUUAAAUAAAUAAAUUAAAUACAAAUAUUUAGCACUACUAAAUGCUCCAGGAGAACUUUCUUUAGCAUUGUGACAUGUUUUUCUAGAUUUAGAACAUAAAACAUUUAGAAAGCAAACAUGAUCUUUUAGGUCUAGCAAAUCAAAUGCUUCAAUUGUUUAAGCAUAUGUUACAGAGCAUUGAUGAAAAUAUUUGUUCUGAAUAUUUACACAAAAAACGAUCAUAAGGGGGUGGACCAUCAGUGACGUAAUUGACAAACCACUGACGGAGUUGUGACAGCCGAUGCUCAAAACAAACAUUUGUAAAAUAUGGGAAAUGAUUCAUUUGAAAAUCUCCAAUAAAAUAUCCAUAAUUGCCUGUUUUUAGAAUUUUAAAUUGGGUUCCUUUGCUCCAGACAAGGGCAUUUCCAGGCAUCAGCCGACAGUCAUAUAUUCCCAAAACAAGUAGAUUCUAAACUCAAAUAAUGCAAAAAAAAACAUUUUUUUAAACUAUCAAAUAAAAGUUUCCCUGCCGGACAAGGAUUGUCCCAACUUUCAAGAAUCCCUGAGCAAAUGUCCUGUUAUUCUACACAUUUUGCCAUGAGGCUGAGAUUUUUUUUGCAGUUUUAAAGCUAAUUUCCUGUCAUUCAAAUAAAAUAAUUCAUGGCUUAUGACGUGUUCAUAUGCUAUAUGGGGGGCUGGCGGCCACCUGCCUUGCAGGGGCGUGUGCUAUGCCAGUGUUUGGAGCUUGAUGCUGGCUGUCGUUUUGGGUAGCAGAAGCUGCACUUUUUGGACAAUCGGAGGGUGUUGCUGUCAAUGCCAUUCCUGACCCCAGUGCUCUAAAACAAUACAAACAAUUGUUAUCACUACAAUGUGAAAUGUCUGUGUUGGUGUACCUGUCCCUACCAGGGCUUUUAUCCACCGACACCAGGCCAUAGCAACCUCCACACUACUAGAGGAACACAGGACCCUUCCAAGUCUUAAAAGCCAGAUUAAUCAGACAUAAUCAUGUUUUAGUGGGUGAUUUGAUACAUUGUGUUUUGAGAGGCCCUGUCUGUGUGUGAUGUGUGGUUGUAUUUAUUAUGUUGUAAAAGGUCCACGUUACAAAGGGAGUUGUCAGCCCCUUGUGAGUUGUAGUUUGUUUUGUACCAGAGCUAGGUCACCAGUGGAGGACAAACAUUGCAAAAACAGAAGACUUGAAAAUAUACAGUAUCAACUGAGAGUCUCCUCGUUCAUUAACUAUGCUGGAUGGUUUUAUAAAACAUGUGAAUUGUAUUCCCAGUACAUUUUUUGUAUUCCAAAUUGAUGGUCAAGGUGUGCAAAUAAUAAUACAAAUUGUCUGAAGGAAAUGGGUGCCUUAAUUCAAAACCAGCGUUUUUCAUAGUUUAAAAUGUGUUGGGUUAUACCAAAAUAAUAUUGAAUUGUAAUCAAAAGGUGACUACUGAAAUUGAGCUACUGCUGUGGGAAACGAAUGACACUUAGGAGAAGCAUUUUCUGAUGACUCUGAAUACAGAUAUCACAUCGUGCAUAAAUGUAUUUUGUCCCCCCACACCAAACGCGAUCACGACACGCAGGUUAAAAUAUCAAAACAAACUGAACCAAUUACAUUAAUUUGGGGACAGGUCAAAAAGCAUUAAACAUGUAUGGCAAUUUAGCUAGCUAGCUUGCACAUGCUAGAUCAUUUGUCCUAUUUAGCUAGCUUGCUGUUGCUAGCUAAUUUGUCCUGGGAUAUAAACAUUGAGUUGUUAUUUUACCUGAAAUGCACAAGGACCUCUACUGCGACAAUUAAUCCACACAUAAAACGGUCAACCGACUCGUUUCUAGUCAUCUCUCCUCCUUCCAGGCUUUUUCAUCUUUGAAUUUAUAUGGUGAUUGGCAUCUAAACUUUCCUAGUAUUACCACGACAACCAGCAAAACAGUUCGUCUUUCAUUCACCCAUGUGGGUAUAACCAAUGAGGAGAUGGCACGUGGGUACCUGCUUCUAUAAACCAAUGAGGAGAUGAGAGAGGCAGGACAUGCAGCGCGAUCUGCGUCAGAAAUAGGAAUGACUUCUAUUUUAGUCCUUGGCAUCGCAGACGCUCGUUGGCGCACGCGAGCAGUGUGGGUGCAAUAAUUGAAUAACAUGGAUUUCUAAAUUUAUUUUGCAACGCUCGGGCACGCGAUGUGUCCGGUCUGGUCAGCAUGUUAGGGCUGGGUUACCAGAGGUAAAGAACCCGGAACAAAUCUAGCUCACAGCUCUUGCAUCAGAUACAAACCGGGCAGAAAACUUUUUUCCCCCACACCUCUUAAGAAUUCCUCAACAUUUAUUGGCUCUUGUCUGGCUGUGGUGUUUUCAUCCUGGUCCCUGGCACUUUUCCACCCCAAUAACAAUGCACUUUCAUUCCUAUCAAAAUGGUCAUAGGUCAGAUUCAUGUAUUUGUAAUAGCUUAGGCUACUAAAAUAAACCUGGGUCUCUGUGUAAUGGUGUAACUGUUGUGUCAAAGGCUCACAGAAUAAUAAUUGUGUUCUGAUGCUGCUAUGAUUGUGGCUGCAGACUAGCACAACACUGCCCUCUGCUGUUGAACCUCCAUCACUGCCCAGUUGCUACUAAAACAGAAAGCCCUAUCACUUCCCCAUUACAAUUUCUCUGGUCAGGAUUAUUCUGUGCUGUGUUUUACAUACUUUUCAAUACACUAGUGCCCUCAAACAAUAUUUGAAUCACCUGUGCAUACAAUACUGUUUAAUUUCCUGAGUUAUUGAUAGACUUGUUAUAAACUUACACUCAUUGGUAGAAACAGUCUUAUCAGGUACCCAAAGGUUCUUACAGCCUCUCAAAAUGCCAUGCCUAGAACUCUAUAUUUUCUCUAGUUUUGAUUAAAGCAUUGUAUGUACAUGACUAGAUGAAUGUGCAUAGACAGACCGCAAAGAUUUAAAAGUGCAGUCAAACCCUGAAAUGACAUGAGUCAUGGUAUAGAAUAAGAAUGAAGUAUAUUCUGCUGUUUAUUAGUUAUUCAGUAUUUCCCCAUCUGACUGACAAUAUUCAGAACUGUGACCUUAACUAGACUGGAGGUUUCAUUAAGACCAUAGGAUUGUGUUUGAUGGGACAGUAGUACAGGUGCACCUAUCUGCUGCCAGUAUGCAUCAGUAUUUAUGCAUGAAGGGUGGUGAGGUGUGGAGGUUGACCGACUGGCUCGUUCCAGUAGGAUUGCAUGGUUCAACGUACCCUAGGCUUGUUUCACUGUAUGAGUCGAUUCCACUCUUUCACAAGCUGGUAUAAUCUGUAGCUGACCCUCGUUCUUAAUAACCCCACCUUUUCUAUGAUGAUUACUUGUCUUAAACUACAGAUUAUGGACCAGAAUGUUCCUCUUUUAGGAAUGAUCACUUCUCAGACAUUUGAGCUUUUGUUUUCUGUUUUGCACCAACCUCAGUUUAGUGGUCUUAGUCGUUUUACUGUAUUCCCUCCCUGUACUUCUCUUUCUGCUGGAGAAUAAAAACAUAUUUAUUACACUCAA